AAAUUUUCUUUUGCCUUUUAGAGUAUGUGGGGUCCAUUGCAUUGCUCAAUUACUUAGCUAAAAAGUACACACUAGAUAAACCUUAUCCACUAAAGUAGAUUCUUGAUUUUCAGUCCUAAGAAUUUAUUUCCCUAGCCUUUCCCUUUCUGAUUUUUCCUUCUAGUAGCUUUUGUUAGAGCCCUCCAAAUUCUAUUGUUUAAACUGUCAUUUUUUUCACAAUCAAGAACUAACCUUGAAUGCCAUAAUUUUCUUCAAGCUCAAAAGCCACCAUGGAGGCUGCUACCCCAUUGUACCACUUCAUUUCUUCACAUCAGCCACUCACCCAAAAUAAACCAAGAUGCCAUUCCACAAAUUUUGGCCUUGUAAAUACAGCAGAAACACUUACUGAAAUUUCACCCUCAACUUCUCUUGAAUCACUUUCUUCAUUGCAAUUUGAUUAUGAUAAAAAGUUCCAGUCACUAAAUUCAGUCAGAGCUAUGCAUGCCAAGAUGAUAAAAUUGUCUAAAGAAUGGGAUACAGAGAAAAACAUGCAGUAUUUUAUCUCAGGUUACUUGGAAUUUGGUGAUUUUCAAUCAGCUGCAGUGUUAUUCUUUGUGGGGUUUGCAGAGAACUAUUUGUAUUGGAAUUCUUUCCUUGAAGAAUAUACAUAUUUUGGAGGAAACCCAUGUGAAAUUCUUGAAGUUUUCAGUGAGUUGCAUAGUAGAGGAGUGAACUUUAACACUGAAAUUCUAGCUUUUGUUUUGAAAAUCUGUUCAAAGUUAAGAGAUAUGUGGUUAGGAUUGGAAGUCCAUGCUUGUCUGAUCAAGCAGGGUUUUGAUUUAGAUGUCUAUACAAAAUGUGCACUGAUGAAUUUCUAUGGGAGGUGUUGUGGGACUGAGAGUGCUAAUAAGGUCUUUAAAGAAACAUCAUUAAUGCAUGACUCUUUAUUGUGGAAUGAAGCAAUUAUGGUUAAUUUGAGGAAUGAAAAAUGGCAAGAAGGUUUACAAAUGUUUCGCGAUAUGCAGGCUUUACUUGUUAAGGCCAAUAGCUUAACCAUUUCCAAAGUUUUGCAAGCCUGUGGGAAAUUGGGAGCUCUUAAUGAAGGAAAACAGAUUCACGGGUAUGUUAUCCGUUAUGCCUUAGAAUCGAAUAUAUUGAUAAGCACUGCACUGAUCAACAUGUAUGUGAAAAAUGACAAUCUUAUACUUGCUAGACUAGUUUUUGAUUCAAUAGACAAUCGUAAUCUGCCUUGUUGGAACAGUAUUAUUUCGGGAUAUACUGCACUUGGUUACCUUGAUGAUGCGUUGGAGCUAUUUCAUGAAAUGAAAAGUUCUAACAUAAAACCAGACAUAAUAACAUGGAACUGCCUUUUAUCAGGUCAUUUUCUUCACGGAUCAUAUAGAGAAGUUUUGGCAAUUCUGAGAAGAAUGCAGAGUGCUGGUUAUCAGCCAAAUCGCAACUCUAUAACUAGUGUUCUUCAAGCAGUGAGUGAAUUAAGACAUUUGAAAAUUGGGAAGGAGAUCCAUUGCCAUGUUAUAAGAAAUGGACUUGACUAUGACCUGCAUAUUGCAACUUCACUAGUAGAUAUGUAUGUGAAGAAUGAUGAUUUGACAUCUGCUCAAGCUGUUUUUGACUGUAUGACAAACAGAAACAUUUGUGCUUGGAAUUCAUUAAUUGCAGGUUAUUCCUGCAAGGGACAUUUUGAAAAAGCUGGUGAUCUUUUGAAUCAGAUGAAGGAAGAAGGGAUUAAACCAGAUAUAGUGACAUACAAUAGCAUGGUUUCUGGUUAUUCAACGUCUAACUGCAUUAAGGAAGCUUUGGGUAUGAUUAGAAGGAUCAAAAGUUCCGGUAUGUCUCCUAAUGUCAUUUCGUGGACCUCUUUAGUAUCGGGUUGUUCACAGCAAGGAUACUUCAGAGAAGCAUUUGAGUUUUUAAGUCAGAUGCAGGAUGAAGGUAUCAGAGUCAACUCAAUUACAGUUGCAAGCUUACUUCAAGCAUGUGCAGGUCUCUCUUUGUUACAUAUUGGGAAGGAGAUACACUGCCUAUGUAUACGAAAUGAUUUUUUAGGUGAUGUGUAUGUAUCUACGGCUCUCAUAGACAUGUACAGUAAGUGUGGGAACCUAGAAAAUGCUCAGAAGGUUUUCCGGAAACUUGAGGACAAAACAUUAGCUUCCUGGAAUUCCAUGAUCACUGGAUUUGCCAUAUACGGCCUAGGUACAGAGGCAAUUUCACUCUUUGAUAAAAUGAGAAAAGCAAACAUCCAACCAGAUGCCAUAACAUUUAUAGCUCUUCUAUCUAGUUGCAAACAUUCUGGUUUGCUUGAUAAAGGUUGGAGAUAUUUUGAUGAUAUGGAGACAUGUUUUGGAGUUAUCCCCACAAUUGAGCAUUAUUCUUGCAUGGUUGAUCUUUUGGGAAGAGUCGGUUAUCUUGAUGAAGCAUCGGAUUUUAUUCAGUCAAUGCCAAUGGAGCCAAACGCUGCUGUUUGGGGUGCUCUUCUUACAUCAUGUAGGAUCCAUGGAAAUGUUGAGCUUGGAGAGAUUGCUGCCGAACACCUUUUCAAGUUAGAACCAUAUAAUGCAGCUAACUAUGCCUUGAUGAUGAACCUCUAUGCACUUUCAAACAGGUGGAAGGAUGUUGACCGUAUUAGAGACAAGAUGGAAGCUAUGGGAGUGAAAAUCGGACCAGUAUGGAGUUGGCUAAAAGUCAAUCAGAGGAUUCACAUCUUCUCUACAGCAGGAAAAUCUCAUCCAGAAGAAGGAGAGAUAUACUUUGAGUUGUACAAGUUAAUUUCUGAGAUGAAAAAGUUGGGUUAUGCGCCUGAUACUAAAUGUGUUUAUCAGAACAUUUCUGAAGUAGAGAAAGAAAAGGUGCUGCUUGGUCACACAGAGAAACUGGCAAUUACAUAUGGAUUAAUCAGGACCAGAAAUCCUGCACCUAUUAGGGUGAUUAACAACACAAGAAUAUGUUCAGACUGUCAUACAGUUGCAAAAUAUAUGUCGUUGCUGAGAAGGCGAGAGAUUUUCCUAAAAGACGGUGUCCGUUUUCACCAUUUUAGGGAUGGUAAGUGUUCUUGCUGUGACUUGUGGUAGAGGUAUGCCAAGCAUCUUCUUCUCCUAUAGCAGAAAACGAAUGCUGUGUUGCACCAGUUUUGUACAUGUAAAAUUUUUUGAUAUAUGAAGUUCAUAGAUAUUGACAAAUGUCAUGAAUACAGUGAUAAUUGGAAUCAGUUUGAGCUUUAUUAUA